AUGAGCGGAAUGUUUGCCAACCUCUUUGGCUCCAUGUCGCUGCGAAAGCUCACGUCGGCCGCGUCAAUGCGAUCAAGGGUCUCGAUUGCUCCGUCAGUGACGUCGCGCCGAAUGGUGUCGGUGCGCGAGCGCUUCUCGCCGUCCCCGAGUCCCCGCGGCAGCGUGACAAAGAGUCCCCGCGGCAGCGUGACCGAGAUCAAGCCGGUGACGCUCGUCAUCUACUAUGGGUCGCAAACCGGGCGCAGCGAGGCCUUUGCGAACCGACUCGUCGCAGCCGCGCGCUGCAUCGGGUAUGCGGCCGAAGUCAAAGACUUGUACAAGUUCAAUCCGGACGACUUUGUCACGGAACGCCACGUGAUCUUCAUCCUCUCAGCGUACAUGGACGGCGGCGCGACCGACAAUGCCGCGCAUUUCAACUUUUGGAUCAACUAUCAAGUUGAUGCAAAUGCCGCGCGCCUCUUGUCGGACCAGCACUAUGCCGUCUUUGCGAGCGGCGACAGCGCAUUUGGCGACCACUUUAACCUUUUUGGCAUCGCCAUUGACACCAAGCUCGCGCUCCUCGGGGGCCGGCGACUUCUCGAGUGCACGCUCGGCGACGCCAGCAAGAACCUUGACGUGACGUACGCCGACUGGGAAACACGGCUCUUCGGCGUCCUCCGUGACAGCGCGAGCGUCAUGACGCCGCUCGAGACCGUUACCCCGAUGCGGGCGAGCAAGCCUUUCGUGCCUUUCUUGGUGCUGCUCCAAUUCAAGACGAUCGAGGUGCCACCGCCGCACGCUGUGGACUUUCAAAUGCGCCUCCAAAAGCAACACAAACUCCCCAACCUCGUGGCUCAAAACAGCCACUUCUUUGACCCGCUGCCGCUUGUGUUUGGAAGCCUCAGCAACGAGGCGUCGCUAUGGCACCUCGAGCUCAAGGUGAACCCGCUUCUGGAGAAAUGGACGUGUCGGACCGGCGAUACGCUGGUGCUCUUUAUGGAAAACACGCCCGAGACAGCCCACGCGAUCGCGAGCGCGCUCCAGUUCAAGCUGCAGCAGUGGAUACAAGCCGUGCCCGUGUCCGGCGUGCCCUUCAAGCACCCGUUCCCGACACCGUGCACGGUCUUGGAUGCGCUCACAAAGUACUACGAGUGUGCCACGGUCUCGCAGCGCGUUGUCGACAAGGAGGCGUUCGAGGCCCGCGUCGUGUCGCCCGAGCUGAGCUUGUACGGCCUGCUGCUUUUGUGCCCAAGCAUCGAAAUCUCACUCGACAUCUUCUUGCACGUGGUCCCGAGCAUGCAGCCACGGUACCUCACGGUGAUGUCGUUCCACGAGGGGACGGUCGGCCUCUACCUCGACGUGCCAUCGAAGCCAAACGCGACGAUGACGUCCUUGGAGACGCACAGCGGCGCAUUCCACGCGUACUUUACAGCGCUCGCAGCCAAGAAAGAGUGCGCGGUGCGCCUCGCCAAGGCUGCCAAGCACAGUCUCAUGGCGACCGUCGAUACGACGCAGUACCUGCUUCAAGCACUGGUGCUGCCGGCGCGCUUUUCCAGCGGGGACCGAACGCAGCCGCUUCCCAUCUUGACGCUGCUGCGCGAACGCAUGCGCCCGCCGGCCGCGACGGGCCACCACUGGCUCUUUUACAACUGCAAGAACCAGAACGCUCUGCCACACAUCAACGAGAUCGAGGGCUGGACGGACGACGACGUUCGCCUCACGUUCGUGGUCGCGAGCCCACCGGACGUCAAGGCGACAUCGUUUCUGACGCUUCGCGACGCGGUCCGCGCCCACAUGUCCCGGGUCCUCGAAGACAUCGACCAGCAGCAAGGGCGCAUUUACGUCUGCGGCAAGACGAGCUUCCUCAAUGACAUUCGGCAAACUCUCCUGAUCGGCAAGCGCAUGCAGCUCCAGCGCGACGACGGGGCGGCCGAGGCGUGGCUCGCCGAGCUGCUCGAGCAAGACCGAUACGUCGAGAGCACGCGAGGCUGA